AUGGAAUCAAGCAAAUCAGGUUUGUCUACUCUUACCCCAGAGUAGCUAUCUCAAAUUCAGCAGUUAAUUGACUCCAAAGUUGAUGAGAAAUUCGCAAAGUUCUAGGCUGACUAUGACGAACUAAUGAAGAAAGUCAAGGGCCAAGUCAUAGGAGCAAUCAAGCCAACAUCUCUAUUCCCAAGAGCAAAUGCUUCUGAAAGCAAGGCUAAGGCCACAGAAGAAUCAAAAGAUACUCUAAACACUAGCUCUUUAUAAUCUAGCAGACCAACUACUGCUACUAGAAAAAGUAUUGCUACAAAUAGCAAGACAUCAAGCGUAUAGCCCACUAAGAGAAGUGAUUCCAAAGAGUCAUAGAAGUCUAAGACCACUCCAGUAGUAGAUAAAAAGGCAGCUGAGGAAAAGAAGAAAGAAUAGUUAGAAUUGAAGAGAUAGGAAGAAGAGAGAAAGAAGGAGGAAUCUAGAGUGAAGCGUGAGGAAAUGGAGAAGAAGAGAAAGGAAGAGGCUGACAAGAAGAAGUAGGCUGAGGAAGAGAAAAAGAGAAAGAGAGAGGAAGAUAAGAUUGCUCUAGAAAGAUCCAAGUCGUAAUCUCAACCACCUGCAAAAUAAGUUGGAGUCUCUUAAUGA